GCUGUCUUAUUGAGCGCAGUUUGCUGAGGGUCAAACUCAGAUUUGGCUUGGAAAAGCUGACAUACAGGGGCAUAUUGAGAUGGUCAUGGAGGUUGUGACCCACUGGAAGGUCGGCCACAAAUGGAAUCCACUGCAAAAGGUAUUGCUUUGGCCCCAGCCCGGACAAAAGAAGCAAUUGGGGUGUUCCAAUGGCCCCAGCGCAAAUGAUGACUUCAUGUCUGGCUAAAACUAUUGCACCGCUGGUGAGGAAAACACCUUCGGCCCGCCUUGUACCAGGCCCCAAAUCAGCCGAAAAGACUAUCUGCAAAUAUUACGCUCUUGGUGAAGCAGCGACGCAAAGGUUGCUGCUUGGCUGGGGCGCGUUCACUGACACGUCGGUGACUUCUCAUGAAUAACAAGAUUUACCCGAGGCAGUCAAAACUCAUCGUCAACCGCAAGGAGGUGCCUCUCGAGUCCAAGCGGUCAUGCCUGCGGACCAGCAGAGAGUCGAAGAUGACUCGGAAUCUACGGACUCCAUCAUCCUCGAGCCCAUGAACCUGUGCGAUGUUUCCAGGCACAGGAAUAUCAGCCAGGAGAGCUCCGACGGCUCGGAGUCGCCAACAGGGUUACCACCAGCAAACCCCAACCUCUUCUUCAGCGCUGCAAUGGGUCCUAAGAAAGAGAAGGACAAUGCUGAACAACGCAGACUGAAGAGAGUGAGAACUUGGCGCAGGGCCAUUAUGAAGGCACGUUGCAAGGGAGAUCCCUGGGAAAAGUUCCACCUUGAUGAAUACCCAACGGAAAAGGCUCGUCGUUACCGGUACAACGCACUUCGUAAAACUUGGGUUAUUGAUGAUUGCUUGGUUAAAAUGGAGCUGGAGCCUUUCAACCAUGGCGCCAUGCGGGAGUGUUUUCGGAUGAAAAAGCUGAGUAAUUUCACUCAGUGUGAUGAUUGGAAGAAGGACAGCAACAACUAUGUUGCCAAACGUUACAUGGAUGAGGUUGAACGGGACGUCUACUUCACCGACGUCCAGCUACAGAUGGACGCAAAACUCUGGGGGGAGGAGUUCAACAGGCACAACCCACCCAAAAAGGUUGACAUUUUCCAAAUGGCGAUCCUCGAGUUUCCACACAGGCAAGGCUGCCCUCUGUUCCACUGCGAGCACUUCAUCGAGGGUGAAUACGUCAAAUACAACUCAAACUCUGGCUAUGUGAAGGAAGACAAAGACCACCUUAGGCUUACCCCUCACGCUUUCAGUCACUUCACUUUUGAAAGAUCUGGUCACGAACUGAUCAUUGUGGAUAUUCAAGGCGUUGGAGACUUGUACACUGAUCCACAAAUUCACACUGCAUCUGGAGAGGAAUAUGGCGAAGGAAAUUUGGGAGCAAAAGGCAUGGCUUUGUUUUUCCAUACUCACGUCUGCAGCCGCAUCUGCAAGAGUCUUGGAUUGUCUCGUUUUGAUUUGGCCCCAUCUGAAUACAACGACAGCACCAUGAAGGAUUUGAAGGACUCGCAGGAACGCUGCAAAACUAUGAUUCGUGGUCAAGAGGAAGUGUGCGUGAUGCCGUCUCGCUUUGAUAAGCAACGGCUCUUGAUGCACCGUCUGCCACGCACUAUGUCUGAACCACUCGCGCGCCCCAGGACUAUCUCUGAAUCCAGCAGCAACUUGACCUCACUCACUCCACCAGAAUCACCAACUCGCUGCAUCUCAUCUGAGGAUGUUGAGGAAUUCUUGCACUCAAGCCACAACCAGGUUACUUUCACAGUGUCCUGCUCGGACAGCGACUACGACUCAGUCAGUGCUUCAGACACAGAACGAUCAUUGAUUCGCAACAGGCGUCGCCGUAUGGAAUCUGAGAGUGGAUCAGUUAUUGAUGAUGAUGAAAAAAUGGACUUCCAUCUGCAACUUGCUCGUCGCUCCAAGCCAUCUUGCAUUCAACCACCAAACCCGGAUGACCUGGAGGUUUCUACUAAGGACUCUGUUCUUGGACUGGUUCAUCUGGAGUUGUGCCGCUAUCAUGAGCUCUGCCGCUUUACCAACCUCAACAGCUCAAGCUAUGAUCAAGAAGCCGCAUUGUUCCAUCUGGAAUACGCUGCUCGUUGCGGAAUACCGGAAGCUCGCACGGCCUACGCUAGGAUUUUGCUUGGACUGCAGCACGACAUUUUGCCUGAUUUAGAGUUGGAGCAUUCGGUUGAAAAUGAAGACAAAGGCUUCUCAAUGCUGCUUGAGGCUGCUUCUGCAAGUGACAUGGAGUCGAUGGUCUUGGUGGCCAAAGCUUACGAUACUGGCAUUCUUCUUGGAUCACGACCUAUCGAUUGGUGCCAGGCCGAGUAUUGGUACGAGCGUUCUGCAGACGAAGGUGGCAGUGACAAUGAUCCACCAUACCAGCUGUCUGCAAGAUUGGCUGAAAUGCUUUGCAUCGGAGGACCUGGGCUUCCGAAAGAUCCAUCUCGAGCUGGUGAGCUUUACACGGAGGCUGCCGAUGCUGCCAUGGCUGCAAUGAAGGGCCGCUUGGCCAACAAGUGGUACCAGCUGGCCGAAGAAGCCUGGGCUAUGUGCGAGGAAGAGUAGAUCUAAUGGGCAAGCCGAAGACCGGUCCAGCUUGGUUGAGGUUGGUUGUAGUUCCUUGCAGGAAUCAGGAUUUCAGCUGAUUUCCCAUGCUGUCUGACUGGUCUGUUGGUCUUGAGUAGAUUUGAGAAUAUAUUACACACUUAACUUCUUUGAUCUAUCAAUAUCAAAUAAUGGCUGUCUAUUAGAAACGGAAUUUUUUUCUUCAUAUAUAUGCGUGAAAAGAUUGUUACAUCUAAAUACAAAAGCAAAUUGAAUAUUGCUUGGAUUGAAAAAAAGAAAGUCUAAGAGAGUAUAAGAGAUCGAUGAGUUAUGCCACGUUUUGAAAUAGGGGAACAAGAGAGAAAACCAACUAACCUUUCCUUUGGCACAUUAAACCCUUUGAUCUCCAGAUAAUGGAUUGUUACCCAUUCAAUAAAAUACUAUUGUGAUUUCUAAACAUUGGAAGGGCUGCCUGAAAAAAGUUUGACGAGUGGUAUAUAAAUCCAAAAAUGACUGAUUUCUAAAAGAGAAUACUGUUCAUUCUGUAAUUUUUUUCAUCUGAUAUGUUACUUUUGCUAAGUUAAUUAUUGUCACUCAUAGUUUUUCAUUAACUAGUUUCCCAUUUUAACAUUCUUCUUUGUUUUAAUUACCAUUGCUCCUCCAUGAAUUUUGCCAUAAUGAUGUGCUUGCUCUGCUUGCAAAUGAAAAUACAUAUUGCCCUUUGAUGCAUUUAGUUACAAAAGAAUACUUUUUAACUGUAAAAUACUAAUUUUAAAGAAGGUGCUUGAAACUUAAUUGUGAAUUAUCACACUAAUAUACUGAGAAAGAUGGGAAGGGAGGGCUUAGUAAGAUUUAGCAUAAGAGCAAGAAGUGUCACUUAACAUGAACUUAUCUGAAUUAUUUCUUUAUUCAUGGUCAUGACAUAGCCGAUCUAGUGUAUAUCACUAAAUGUUUGUAUAUUUGCUAUAAUUAAUUUUUCUGUAUAUUUGUGAUGAUAUCAAUAAAAUGAAAAUUGAGAAAAAUAA